AUGUUGGCGCGCCCGAAAACGCCACCUGCUGGUUUGUCGGGGUCUGGGACGGUAGCUACCAGCAGUCCUCGUAAGUCGCCCGCUACUGGAAGUGAGGUGACGGCUAUGUCGACAUCUUCGAUAGCCGAUAAGUUAAUUGGUUUAGGGACCCCUCGAAACGGUGAUGUUAGUGGCGUCAAUGGUUCGGCGUCAGGAUCAGGUGGUUCAGGCGCAGUUGGGUCAGGAGCUCCAAUGACUUUUGGUUCAAGCAGCAGCGGGGGUGGAGCAGCGGGGACGAGUAGCAUGCCAAAUAUCUGUCUCCAUAUCGCACUUCGACCUGAAUCCAAUGAAACAACGCCGAAUGUAGUGAUUGAUUUCCUCAAACAGGCGGAGGAACAGUAUGGUUUUGAAAAAAUCCAUCCAGAUAGUCGAACGGCUCAAGACCUCUUGAAUGACGAGGACGAUGUCGAUGAUGAUGAUAAUGAAGAUAUUGAUCUUACAGGCGAACCAGCAGGCCAAAACGGGUCUGCUACAGGUGCCAGUAAUACUCCUGCAAAUAGCGGCGGUAAUGCCCCAUCGAAACGAGGUCGGAUAGAAGGUAAAUAUGACCUUCACGACCCGUUUAUCGAUGACAGCGAGCUGCAAUGGGAAGAACAGGCCGCGUCGACAAAAGACGGCUUUUUCGUGUAUUCUGGUCCGUUAGUUCAAGAAGGAGAACAACCACAGAUAGAACGAGCAGACGGAAGUCUAAAAAAGACCAAAGAUGACAAGUCUACCACCGGGACUAAGAAAGGGCCUCGCAAGAAGAAAGACGAUUCCACUGCCGCUAGUACAUCUUCUUCUUCUGGUGGUGCUGCUGGUGGUGCUAAAGAUAAAGAAACAAAUGCUGUAAAUGGAGGUACAAAUACUGGUACUAACGGAACAGCCAAUGGAUCAGGAUCAGGAAGUACAUCAACAGCAACUGGUACAAAGAGACCAAAAGCCACAAAACAAGCAGCUGGUGAUAAAGACGGAGCACCUGCGAAAAAGAAAGCCAAAACGGCAGCUUCUGCUGCGACAGCUGCUGAGAAAAAAGAGAAAGCUGCUGCUAAGAAAGCGGCUGCUGGCGAAGCCAAGCCCAAGAAAGAGAAGAAAGAGCCUAAACUCAAGCAGACUAAACUCGGUGAUAAAGCGGCAGCUACCAAAGUGAAAAAAGAAGCCACCACUGCCGCUGUAAAUGCUACAUCUGCCGUGUCUACGCCCACAGUCCAGACACCAUCCGAAGUAUCUGAUGCGUCUGCAUCACCACAGGUCUCUGUUCCAUCGACCGCAACAACUGCGAAAGCACCAAUCACACAGCCAACUGGGCCCAUUCUCAUUGCACCAAAACCUGUCUCUGUACCCUCAACAACCCCAAUAGCACCAAAUCCCGCUACUUCCACGAACCCAACACCUGCACCGACCGCACCAGAUCCCGUCAUUGACCUCACCGACUCGCGACCGUCAUCCCCAGCGCCAGCACCUCCACUCACACCCCAACAACAGGCCCGCACGUCGGCCUCCAUCGCCAACCUCCUGAUAUAA